ACCGAGAGUCUUAGCGUGACCUCUAUUGCAGUUGAAAACACAGCGGAGCUGCUUGUGAAUCAGUUAAGGAUCAGUGGAGAUGCUAAGUUAGAAGUGCAUGGGGUCUAAAUUUUACUUGUCAACACAGUGCUCUCAAAUAACAGCAACGUAAGACAGGCUUAUGUGCUCCGUGCCGCUGGAUUUCCGACUCGGGAGCUCAGAGUGUCAGCCGGCGUUGAGAUCUAUCACUGCACUGCACCAUCAAUAUGGGUGUGAUCAGUGUGCAACUGGUGGUUACCAUGGUUAUGGCCAGUGUGAUUCAGAAGAUCAUACCCCACUUUUCGUUUGCACGAUGGCUCCUCUGCAGUGGCAGUCUGCGUUGGUACCAGCACCCAACAGAAGAUGAGUUGAGGACUUUGGCUGGAAAACAGCAGAAAGGAGCCAAGAACAAAAAAGACAGGAAAUACAAUGGGCACUUAGAGAACAAGCCGUUGACCAUCCCUAAAGACAUUGACCUGCAACUGGAGACCAAGUGCAUUGCAGAAGUGGACACUCUGGCGCUGCAUUACUUCCCUGAAUUUCAGUGGUUGGUGGACUUCACAGUUGCGGCCACAUUAGUUUAUCUCAUCACUGAGUUGUACUUUUGCGUGGUUGAGUCCAGUGAGGAGAUGAACAUUAGUGUGGUGUGGAGCCUGCUAGUCUUAGCCUUUGUUGUGAAGAUCCUUUUUUCCCUCACGGCUCACUACUUCAGACUAGAGGAGGGUGGUGAGCGUUCCCUCUGCAUCACGUUUGCCGCCUUCUUUUUUGUUAAAGCCAUGGCUAUUCUUAUAGUCACAGAAAACUACCUGGAAUUUGGUCUUGAGACAGGCUUUGCUAAUUUCUCCGAUAGUGCCAUGCAGUUUCUGGAGAACCAGGGCCUUGAAUCUCAGGGUCCCAUAUCCAAACUGACCUUUAAGCUGAUUCUGGCACUGAUAUGCUCUCUCAUUGGAGCCUUCCUCACCUUCCCUGGCUUGCGACUGGCCCAGAUGCAUCUUGAUGCCCUCACACUUAACAACUGCAAAGUCACACAGACUUUACUGCAUAUCAACUUCAUGUCUCCGUUAAUCAUGGUCCUGCUAUGGGUGAAGCCCAUAACCAAGGAUUGCCUCAUUAAUCCCACAUUUGGGAAAGAUGGUGUGCCUUUAAUGUCUGAGAAGGCGUAUGACACACUGCGUCUCUGGGUGAUUUUACUUCUGUGUGUGCUUAGACUAGCCAUGAUGCGACACCAUCUCCAGGCCUACCUCAACCUGGCUCAGAAGGGCGUCCUGCAGAUGAAAAAGGAAGCAGGACGGAUUUCUACAGUUGAGCUCCAAAAGAUGGUCGCCCGAGUUUUUUACUACCUGUGUGUGAUAGCUCUACAGUACGUUGCACCUCUGGUGAUGCUUUUACAUACUACCUUGCUGCUAAAGACAUUGGGUGGAUACUCGUGGGUGGUUUACCCCGAAGAAAGUUUGCCCUGUCUACCAAUUGAAGACUUUAACCCCGCUGAGGCGGGACAAGCAGAGAUGCAAGCCGCUCAAGCUGUGGCCCAGUUAUCCGUUGCUCUGGGGGGGCUUAGGACUGUAUUCACCCCUUUGCUGUUUAGAGGCAUCCUGUCAUUUUUCACUUGGUGGAUUGCUGCCUGUCUGUUUUCCACCUCUCUCUUCGGCCUCUUUUACCACCAGUACCUGAUGGCAGCGUAACAUCUGGAUAUUGUGGCGCACCCAAGGGUCCGGGCUUCUCCGACUGAACUGUGCAACAUGUGGCAAAGCAUUCCCCAUUCUUACAACCGUAUCAGCAGAGUUCUUUUCUGCUGAAUUUCCUCUAGAGACUUUUUGUGGUUAAGUUAUUCAACUUGCCAAAUACAAACAGGACAAUUGGAAUAUUAAAGUCACUGUUUUUCCAGACAUGCUGAAUUUUAUACACGCCAGUCCGUGGAGGAUGGCCUCUGGGGUAGAUCUUAAAAACAUUACUGAUUUAUUAGGGUGAUGGCCUAGAACCAGCAGAAGUUUGAAAGGUUUAAAGAAGUCUUACUUUGCAGGAACAUUGAUCUUGGAUAUAGGGUAUUGUAUAUUUUAGAGUUCCAAAUGGAUGCGAGAUAAGAUUUUCAAAAGAGACAGAAUUGUUGUAAAGUGUGCUUUUUCUUAAAUUGUUUUAACUUCUCCAAAGUAGAAACGUGACUCUGCCAUAGGGAAGGAUUUCACUGCUGAUAUGUGAAAAGAAAACAGUGUUUUAGUCAAGCAUAAGUGUGAGGGGUGUGACUGAAGAAAAGUAUGUAUUAAAGAUGUAUUUAUUUGUCCAUUUCAGACAGACUGAAGCCAGCUCUCUUACGAGGAGCAUUUAGUUUGACUCUUAAAAGACUGAGAGCUAAUUUAAGUGCGUGUGCAUAUGAAUGAGUGAUGGUUCGUGUCAACAUCAGUGCCUGCGGGCUCCAAGUGACUCCUGCUGCUUAUGGGUAUAAAUCUAAAAAGGCAUUUUGAUCAAGCAUAGAAGCUCACUUACAUAAAAAAGUCUAAUGUACUCCCAAUUAAGUACAUACAAUACUUCCUACACAAAAUCAGAACCGCAUACACAAAAACACUGAGCAUAAAAGGCCAAAUCAGAAUAUGGGGCUUGAUCAAAAAAACUUGUGUUUUACUUUCAAUCCACUCUAAUAUUGUGGGAAUUGGGCAAGACAUUACGAAUAUUGCACAGGGGCAGAUCUAAAGUCAUUUUUAGCAAGUGUUAUCCUACUGUAAGUCUUAUUUUCACUACAUUUAGAAUUUUUAGAGGAUAUGCAGACAAUGAAUGUAUCGACCCUAUGUGAUUUGCAAUUGUAGUUACAACAUGUUACUUUUGAAAAAUGAUUUUAUUUGAACAAAUCUACACUUGGGGCCACAAAUAAAUAAGUAUAGCAAAAUAUGACACAAUAUUGGCUUUCGACAGUUGACCGAUAAUAGUUAAAUUACAAAUGUGAUUUCAAGUGCAUUUAUAUUGUGAACGACUGUCAGUUAUAAUAAACAGCACACCUAACAAUAAUUUUUUGUUAAUAUAGCUUGACCAAACAUCAAUUUUCCUGUUGUUUGCUUUGUUGAUUAUCAAGCUGUGAUGAUUGAUGGACCCAAAAGAGUGUUCAUUUUAGCUGUAAACAUUCACAACCUUUGAUAAUUGUAAGCUGGGCCAUUUUAGUUUUACAACCUCUAGGGUUUUGUCCUUUGCCUAAAGUUGAUUAUUUACCUUUUUUUUCCCCUAGACAAAGCAAGUGACCAAUAUGAACUAAAACUGUGUUAAUCUUACUAAAUAUAUGACCCCUUUAAGUUAUUUUCAAUGAGCAUGUCUUUAAACAUGUCUAACUUUAAUGCCAAAUAACAGUUUGUUAGGCUCAGAACAAAUCCGUAUUAAAUUGGGACAUAAAAGACAAAUCAUUUUUGUUUUUUGUUGUUUUCUUAUUGUUUUCUUAUUUCUCUAUAGGAAAAUACCUGGGAUGUUGUUUUAAAAUCUGUAAGCCUAAACAUUUUCGUCUUGUUUUAAUGUAUUUUAGGUACUUAUGAUCUUUAUUUAUUACAUUUUCAAUUUGUUUAAUAAAUGAUUGUAAAGAAAGAAUCUA